AUAAACAUAAUAAUAACCCUCCUCAUCAACACAACACUAUCCGCACUACUAGUAUUAAUCGCAUUUUGACUACCCCAACUAAAUGUAUAUGCAGAAAAAGCAAGCCCAUACGAGUGUGGCUUUGAUCCAAUGGGGUCAGCCCGCUUGCCCUUCUCAAUAAAAUUUUUCCUAGUUGCCAUUACAUUUCUGCUAUUCGACCUAGAAAUCGCACUACUACUCCCCCUCCCAUGGGCCUCACAGACAAACAACCUAUCAACCAUGCUCACUAUGGCCCUUUUAUUAAUCUCCCUUCUGGCCGCAAGCUUAGCAUAUGAAUGAACCCAAAAAGGACUAGAGUGAUCCGAAUA